AUGGCCGACGCGUCAUUUUUCGAUAGGAUGGUUUCCCAGCUCCGGUCCACAUCCAAGUGCACUUAUACACAACAUCUUGACAAAGUACUGGAGGAAGCUGCUGCUACAUUUUAUCCUCAUAUAAAGUUUGUUCGGGUGGAAUGCCCAAAGUAUCCUGGGUUUUGCCUCACGAGGCAAAAGACUGAGUACCCAUUUCUUGAAGUAUUUUACAACCCAGAACAGGCUGCUAACCCAGGAAAGAUCGUGGACCCGAGCAUCACGAAAUACUCCGCAAAAGUCCUACCUUUCAACUAUGACCAGAGCGUGUAUGGAUUCCGGGAGUAUUUUAAGAAGUAUGGGUUCAAGUAUUCCGAGACAAACUAG